AAAUUGCAAAAUUAUAUCACAACACACAGCGCUCUGAGCAAUUUUUCAUUGAGGUUUGCCGGAAAAUGGUCAACAUGCUUGAAACUGAUCUCUGUCUCGGGCUUCCGGGCGGCGGAGGCGGCGGCGGAGGUGGAGAGCCGGAGACUCCAAAAGGUAAUGGAAAAAGAGGAUUCUCUGAGACGGUUGAUCUGAAACUCAAUAUCCAAUCUAAGCCUGUGGUAACCGUCGAUCUGAGUACCACACAGAACAUGAAGAGUACUGAUUCAGAGGAUCUUAGCUCCAAGGAUCCUGCAAAGCCACCUGCCAAGGCACAAGUUGUGGGGUGGCCACCAGUCCGUUCCUACCGAAAGAACGCGAUGUCUCAAAAGAAUCCCGAUGCUGGAGAAAAGGGUAGCGGCUCGGCUAUGUUCGUCAAAGUUUGUAUGGAUGGUGCACCGUAUCUACGAAAGGUGGACCUAAAGACGUACAAAAGCUACCAAGAGCUCUCGAACGCCUUGGCUAAGAUGUUCAGCUCCUUCACCAUGGCGGGCGAGUAUGGGGCCCAAGGAAUGAUAGAUUUCAUGAACGAAAGCAAGUUGAUGGAUCUUCUAAACAGCUCUGAAUACGUGCCAACCUAUGAAGAUAAGGAUGGUGAUUGGAUGCUCGUGGGAGAUGUCCCAUGGGAGUAA